AUGUUCAGAAUAGUUCUCGAGGAUAUUCUAAGCAACGCAAGGACUGCGGCAAACGUUGAUGUUCAGAAUAGUGAUGAGGACGAUAGCUUUGAAGAUUCAGCCAACCUCUCAGAUGAUAUCACAAGCUGUCGACAACUAUUAGCAGAUGAAUGCAGAGGCCUCCUGGGAAAUGAUAUCUUCUCUGAGAUUGAAUCUAAAAUUCGGGAGAAUCGAGGGAAAGACCUGGAUCCCGAUCAACUAAGACUUCAGUUUGAGGAAGCCAUUGGCAGUGAGAGAAUGGAAACAUGCUACCUUCUUAGCGAACUUCUAUCGGAGGUUAAUGAUACACAAAGUAGAAAGAUGGGAACAUUACCAGUCUCAUGAUAUUCAUUGAGUGGUUUGAAAGAAUGGUAACCUGCUAUCAUCUUAGCGAACUUCUAUUGGAGGUUACUGAUACUCAAAGUAGAAAGAUGGGAUCGCUGCCAGUCUUGAGACAUGCAUUCAAUGAUUUGAGAGAAUGGUAACAUGGUCCCUUCUUAGCUUCUAUCAGAAAUUAUUGAUACAGAAAAUAGAUAGAUGGGAUCGCUACCAGUCUUAUGACAUGCAUUCAAUGAUUUGAGAGAAUGGUAACAUGGUCCCUUCUUAGUGAGCUUCUACAGACAUUAUUGAUACAGAAACUAGAUAGAUGGGAUCGCAACUAGUCUUAUGACAUGCAUUCAAUGAUGUGAGAGAAUGGUAACAUGGUCCCUUCUUCGUGAGAUUCUAUCAGACAUUAAUGAUGCAAAAAAUAGAUAGAUGGGAUCGCUGCCAGUCUUAUGACAUGCAUUCAAUGAUGUGAGAGAAUGGUAACAUGGUCCCUUCUUCAUGAGAAAGAUAGCAUAACAACCAGUCUCAUGAAAUACAUUCAGUAAUUUGAGAGAAUGGUAACAUGGUCCCUUUUUAGUGAGCUUCUGUUAGACAUUAAUUUUACAGAAAAUAGAAAUAUGGGUUCAGUACCAGUCUCGGGAAAUGCAUGGUGAUUUGAGAGAAUGGAAACAUUGCAGAGGCCGCAGAACGGUUUUCAAAGUGGGGAGGCUGACCAUGCAAAAAAUUCACAAUCCUAUGGUCAUUUUUACGUUUUUAUACACGUUUUUGAAAAAAGUGGGGGGGCUGAAGCCCAGUCCCCAUCCCCCGGUGCCGCUGCAGCUGUAUGGUCCCUUCUUAGUGAGCUUUUAUCAGACAAUGAUACAGCAAAAAGAAAGAUCAGGUCGAAACCCAUCUUUUUGAAGGCAUACAGUGAUGUGGUAAGAAUUAUAGCUAGUAUUUAACUUUCAUGAAUUCAUUCCAAAAAUUCCAUGUAUGUUAUCAGUAAUCUUCCUUUUUUUCACCUUGCUUCGUUUCACUCCAAAGUUUUUAUAAUAUUUCCUUCAAUAACUAUGUCUUUCAAUUCUAUUAUAAAACUAGAAUCAUUGUAAAAAAAAAUAUUGAAAAAAAUGUAUGUUUGUAUGUAGUUGUAUGUAUGUACUGGCUUUAAGGCCACCGCACACCUUACGACCCGACCGGCCGCCGACUGGCUUGCGACUGGGUGAGGGGAGAUGUGACGU